AUGUCCUCUCAAGACACGGAAAUGGCAUCCUUAUGGAGCACAGUGGUCACAAAAUACACACUGUGCGGGCUGUCGUCAUUAACACUUUACAGGAUACUCUUAAACAUGGACCAAGAGGUUGACCUCAUAUGGGUGGGCGUACAGUAUCAAAGAAUUAUCAAAAAUCUAACGAGCAGCAAAUACCAGAAGCGGGGCUCUUCAAAAUCCAUGAAACUCCUCUAUGCAGUUGUGACUUAUGGUGCACUAUUGGAGGCACUUUUUGUGUUAUGCCUAGCGAUUAUCUCGAUGGAACAAGGUGCUUUGAAUGUAGUAGUCAUCAUGGGGUUAAAUGGCAUAAGCGUUGCCGCCUUUGUAGCAAUGAUGAUCGUUAUGAAGGUUGAAGUCUCCGAGUCUGUGGCUCCGCUCGGGCAUGCCUGUGGAUACAGUUUUCCGUACAAACUGGUAUGGGUGGAGCUGGGCAGUAACUUUGCAAUUUCUGCAUAUGAGACUAUCCUACUUGCUCUGGCUUUGUGCCGUGCAACAUGGCAUAUAAGAAAUGGCUAUGCUGGGUCGCUCUGGAGUCUUAAUACCCUGCUGGCAAUGAUGACCAGAGACCACGUUUUCUAUUUUAUUGUAUCGUUUCUGGCUUGGGGAAUCAGCGCAGCCUCGUAUUUGCCGUUUCCCUUCGGAUGGGGCCUCAAUUUAAUCUGGACUGUGUUUUCGAACGGUCCGGUAAUGCUGUUGAGCAUUCGUCAAUUUGAUAUCGCUGGGAACACCCUGGAAAUAUCCACAGAGGAGGAACUACACACUGUGCAAUUUGCAACAGUAAAUCCAGUUCAUUCGACGGCAACUUCAAAUAAAGAACCUUUGGAGGCUUGA